AUGUAUAAUCGCAUCGCUAGCUCAUUUUUUCUUUCAUUUACAUGGCUCAUCUGUUCAUCGAAUGCAACGGCGAUUAAACGAGAUGUGACCUUUGCGAACGCCGAAGCAGCUUUUAGCACUCUACAGCAAUGGUAUAAUCGAUCGACAGGAAUUCGGAACCCAAGUACAAAUUGGUGGAACAGCGCCAAUUGUAUAACAAUAAUCUCAAACUUGGCUCUCAUCGACAACAACGUCCUUCCAGCGGUAGAAGACGUCCUCAGCAACACCUACGCCCAAGCACCAGGCUACAACGCUUUAAUCAACACCGAAACGACCAAAGUAAUGGGCAUGCCCUCCCAGCAGUGGAUGAUCGCAACAGUCAACAUGACCGACACCCCCGACAACAACAACGAAGACACCACCGUCACUACCAUUCCCCAACCCCCCUCCCGCCGUGCCCCCCGCGGCGGUUUCCUCAACGACUUCUACGACGACGAAGGCUGGUGGGCCCUCGCCUGGAUCGCCGCCUACGACCUCACCCUCAACCCGUCCUACCUCUCCACCGCCCAACGCAUCUUCGCCGACAUGCACUCCGUCUUUGGCACGACCAAUUGCUCCUCCAACACCGCCCCUGCCGUAGGCGGACUACCCUGGGACCGUAAACGCACCUACAUCAACGCCAUCACGAAUUCCCUCUACCUCUCCGUCGCCGCCCACCUCGCCGAGCGCGUGACAGAUGUGCCGCCGCUGUACGACUACCUCUCCCUCGCCAAACAGCAAUGGCAAUGGUUCCUCGCCUCCGGCCUCCUCAACGGUGAAAACCUGAUCAACGACGGCCUCAACCCAGCCUGCAGCAACAACGCCGGCACAAUCUGGUCCUACAACCAAGGCGUCCUCCUCGGCGCGCUCACCGCUCUCUCCCGCGCCACCGGCGACGCAGUCUACCUCGCCACCGCGUCCCGCAUCGCCGACGCGGCGAUCGGGGCUCUCGCGCCGGAUGGGGUGCUCGUGGAGGCGUGCGAGCCGGAUUGUGGGAGUGACGGAGCGCAGUUUAAAGGGGUGUUUGUGAGGGGUUUGGCGGAAUUGUGGAGAGCGAGACCGGAGGAGAGGUGGAGGGGGUUUUUGAAGGGGAAUGCGGAGAGCGCGUGGGUGAAUGGGAGGGAUGAGAGGGGGGAGUUGGGUUUAAGGUGGACGGGACCGGUUGGGAGGCCGGCGGAUGCGGGGACGCAGAGUUCGGGGUUGGAUGCGCUGGUUGCUGGAUUGGGGGUUUGA